GCCGCCCUCUGCGGAGGGCACUGGCAAAAGCUUGACGUGGGGGGGUGGUUUUGUGCGAGACCAGAUCCUUUGAAGGCAACCAAACCUUUGCUCAGUAUCUUGCCUUUUCCCAACUUCGGUUGCCUUCUCUCGGUCGGGGGAGGCCGUGGUUUGAGGUGGAGCGUUCGUUUCUGUGAUUCUUGCCGACAGCGUCCCACUAACACACCCUGUUGUAACACAAACAGCAUUCAAGCAUCGACACCAUGAAGUACUUCAUCACCUUCACCGUUCUCCUUCAACUUUUCUCCCCAACCGAGGGCUACUCGGCGGUUCCGCGAAGGCCCGGAGGUCACCGCCGAUCGCUAGGAGACACUCUGGACUCUCAGUCGCCACGGAAGUUUUCAGAGACACUGAACUGGGAGACGAAAUCGGAGACUGCCGGCGAAUCGUGCAGCUUGAAGGCUCUGGAGACUGCAGGCUCCAGCCCCUCAGCGAGGACCAAAAUUAGCAGCCUGCGGGAGACUGAGGAGUAUGUGGAAACGGUCUACGAGAAGAGGCGUGAGGCCUCUCGACUCUGCGCCUCGGGGCAGACAGACAAAUGCGAAUCGCCCGACCAGCCUCUCUGGGAGACCUUAGGACUCCAGAAACCACCGCCCUGCCCAACGAUUCAGUCCUUCAAAUUGUCAGACUGCGAGGACGCAGAAUCCACAAAGCACACCAAGUCGUUUGCGAAAGACUCUGAAGGGUCAGUGAAGAAAUCUGGGGAGAGGAAAAAGCGCGUAAAACACGAGGCCGCGGCGACCACGGAGGCGUCGAGUUCUUCUGAGUUUGAUGAAGGAGAUUCCAACAGGAACGAGGCGACUACUUCUCGGGACGGAGAGACGCACCGAAGACGAAAAUCUGGGGUAGCCUCACGGAUCACCCGACACUACUCAAUGUCGAAUGCGCGAGUCCGGAAGCGUAGGCACGGUUCUAGACUUGCCAAGAAGCUGCACACAUCCGAUGAAAACGGUCGCGAAACUGAGACCGACGCGAGUUCCGCCGAGAACCACGGUCGAAAUAUUGACCGUGAGACAGGCACAGAUGCAAGCGGCCAUAGUGGCCAUGUUGAAUCUGCGAGAGCAACGGAAGACACAUACAACGGCGAAGGCAGCGCGGAGCCAAAGAGCACCGCUUCUAGUGGGGUCAACGAAGUUGAAGACGAAGACACAAUUGACAGCGCCGAGGAACAGGCUUUCGCGGAGAUGCAGGCGCAGGACAUUUUCGGCAUGAUCAAAGACAUGUUUGGCAACGGAAUGGAAAUCUCGGAUCCGAAGAACUUCGAAGGUGGCAACCAAGGAUCCUACUUCGAUUUCAUGUAUCCACAAAGCACAGAUUAUCCCUGGGCGUGCAUGUGUGAUGAGAACCAGUACAAGCGGUGGGAAGCGAAGGAAAUUCAAGCCGUACCCUGCCGUAAUCAAGUCGAUAUGUCUAUUCAGGGCAUUGUCGCAGCGUGUAACCCGAAGAACCACAACAUGAACAGUGCAGAGCGAAGGGGAGAUCGAUUCUAUAUUUCUCUGUGGCUACCGGCACUUGUAUGCCUCACUUUCUGGUCGUGGCACUAAGGUUGGAGCGGAAUUAGAUGAAAUUGCAGUGUCCAAGUAGAUGCUUCUUGUAGUUGUGUGGAGCUGCGCAGAAGCACUGAAAUUCACGGUUCCUUUCGAUCCAAGCAAGGUAAAGCAGGUGCGGGACAGCUGUCGCGCGUUGCUGCCUCCCCGGAUACUGGGUAUGGAAGGGAUUUUUCCUCCUUUAGAAACGCGGUGAACGAGGCGGUUCUUUCCGAGGGAGUGCACAUGCCAAAUCCCAUGGAACGCAUUCCUGCCCAAAAGGUGGAGUGCGGCAUGUUCAAUUGUUCAGACCGUCACAAAAGUAACGUCUCUC